AAUAAAAAUAAUUAAAAAAAAAGAGAGAGAAACCCUAUCAGACCUAAAGAUCAUUUCGCACUCUCUCCUCCUCUCUCUAUCGUAUCCAAAACCCUUCUUCUUCUUCUUAUCGCCGUCAGCAAUCAGCACAUCUCCGGUGUAGCAGCGGGGAGCGGGAGGAGGCAGCCUUCUUUCUCGGCGAAGGCCCGACGACGUUGACGGCUCCACCCACCCAAGAAGACCCAACGUCGACGGCUCCACUGUGACUGACUGAUUAGAAUGUGUAUGAUAUAUUGUUUUAUAGAUCAUUACUUAUGGAGAAUGAAGAGGAAAAUGUGGAUGCUGAAGUGCAGAAGUGGAUUGAGUUUAUAGAGAAUGAAGAAAAAAAAAGAAGGAAAACGCAACAGUGAUUUGAAUUUUCUUUCUUUUGCUUAAAAAAUAAAAAGCUGAGAGUUUUUAAAAGAAGUAAAACGAAAUAAACAAAUUAAUAAAUAAAUAAAACUAAAUUGAGAAUAGAAGUGCGAGUACUACCGUGUGGGGUACUCUUUCUUUUCCUUCUCUUUUUCCUGCCGCCGUGCUUGCCUUCUUCGACUUCGAGGCUUUGCAACUGAAUUUUCUGAGGAUUUUCUCAAAUAACUUCCCUCAGCUCAGCUGAUAUAUAAUUAUAUAUUUAUAUAUAGCUCCCCUGUCUCUGCCUUAAAAGUAAAAAUGGGUUCUGAAGCAUGCGAGAAUCUAAUCGAGAAUAUUGUAGAUCUAUCAACAAGUUCUUUUGGGAAAAUGAAUGAGGUUAGUGUUGUGGAAUCUCAAAAGGAUGUUGAGCCUCCAGCAUUGCCGGCCGUUUCAGAGGAUACAAGGUCUUUAGGGUCUAUUACUUCUGAUUCCGAUAGAGAGAAUGUGGAUUCCCCUAUUGCCUGCAGCUCUCCUCCCUCCACUAAAAAUAAAAUUACUACUCGUCCUUGCUUCGACUUGGACACCGACCAAAAUUGGGAAAGCAGUGUUAUUGAUGGUUAUGACGACCCUGUCACACCAAAAUCACAUCUUUUUAAUGCCUUUCGUCCUUGUCCAGAAGAUUUAGUAUUGGCGCCCCGGUGUAGAAAAUUCGUGAAUAGAUCGGAGAACCUUUGUGUGAGGAAGCUGAGUUUUGACUCUUCCAAUGAUGUCUCAGAGGAGAAAUGUGAGGAGGCUAAUGCAUUUUUUAUUUCUGAUGAAGAGAUCAUCAAUGUUGUGUAUGAAAAUCUCUUGGAAACUAUUGUUUCAAUGCAAGUAGAGGAUGUUCUUGCUAGGAGCUCGAGUUUUGAAUGGGAUUCUAAUGACUGCAAAACACCCCCUUCGACACUACGUGUAAAUGAAAUUGCUGAUACUUGUCCUAAGGCUCCUAUGAGGCCCCCUGCAAACUCGAGGAAAAUCGGUUUAGCAUUGCGCAGGAGGCUUCAGUUCUCGCCUUGAUGGUUUGUGUCGGUUAUUUACAAAGAGAAAUGGAUAGAAACCGGUAUCUAUUUCAGUAGAUAUUAAUCUUGAAACUAACAUUUGAACUGAUGGAAAGUGAAUCUGUGGUUCUGGAAAGUUAUGUCUAUGGAAACAACUUUCUGGGUAAUCUUUUGUAUAGUUUGACUUGUUUUUAUAUGUUAGUUGAAUUUUGGAAUUGGACUAGAGUAAAUAUCUAGCUGACUCAGUGGGCAUUUUAUUCUUCUAAGAAUUUACUCAUUAUUGUUAUUA